AUGGCAGUGCAAAGACAAACAGCAGCCUCUAGGUCAGCUAGGCCUCCCAAGAGACUACAGCAUGGCUUUUUCGGAGGGGUACCCACGACAAUGUUAAGCAAUCCGCGAAGCAAAUCGGCACAAACACCUAAUUUUAGGGCAUCUCUAGGGCAUGUACCCUUAUUUGGCUUUGGUUUUGGCUUAGGGUUAGGAGUAGGGCAAGUGCCACAUGCACUAACAAAGGUGAAGAACAGAAGGUUGAAAGCUAGAAAGAGAGCAAGUGAUGCAGUGUUCUUGGAACCCAUCCCUCUCAAGUCUAAAAAUUCUCUGCUAGUGUGGGUGGAGAGAUUACUAGUAGUGGUUAAGCAAGAGAAGGGUCUGGUGGUGAUGGAGAGAUUUGUAGUGAGUGAUGGGGUUUUUAAAGGGUGCAUGGAGUGA